AAGUUUCACAAAAAGAAGAUGAAAAAAGCAGACCGUCAGAUUAUCUGUGGCCGUAGGUUGAAGUGUUGAGUUGUCGUUGUUUUACAGUCUUUAAGCGUGAGAGCUGCUUGCAACAAAUACCAUCAGAUUUCUUUUUUAAGUUUAUUUGCCAAAUAUCCAUUGAGAUAAAAGGAUCACCGCUUCUUGUGGUUCUCAUCUCUCCUCUUCUAAAUUACUCCAAUCUCGUAGCUAAGGAAAAUCUGAAACCUCGAUAAAUCUGGAAUAAGGGAAUGAAAUGAGUAAGAGAGCGUUGCCCAAAUCGCCACCUAAACUUGUUCUAUUGCCAGCUCUUCUUAUCCUUUCCUCAACAUGUUUGUUUGGCAUCCUCACAAACCUUCAAACCUUAUCAUAUCUCUUCCGUCCUCUCUGGGACAAACCACCACCACCAUUCAGACGAAUCCCGCAUUACUACGCCGAGAACGUCUCCAUGUCACACCUCUGCCACCUCCACGGAUGGACUCCCCGUACUUCUCCAAGGCGAGUCUUCGACGCCAUCAUCUUCAGCAACGAGCUCGACCUCCUAGAGGUGAGAUGGCAGGAGCUUGGACCCUACGUUUCAAAAUUCGUCAUUCUUGAAUCCAACACCACCUUCACUGGCAUCCCCAAGCCUCUCUUUUUCGACUCCGCGAAGGCGAGAUUCGCCUUCGCGGAGGGUAAGAUAGUCCACGGGGUGUUCCCCGGGCAGAAGCGUAGUAGUUUACAAGAAGAAGAUCCAUUCUUGCUCGAAGGCCGGCAACGGGUUGCUAUGAACUGGCUCCUCAGAGAAGCUGAUGUCUCUGAUGGAGACGCGGUGAUAAUGUCUGAUGCGGAUGAGAUUCCCAGUCCUCAUACCGUCAAGCUCCUACAGUGGUGCGACGGGAUACCGGACGUGAUGCAUCUUGAGAUGAGGGAUUACAUGUACUCCUUCGAGUUCCCUGUUGAUUACAGCAGCUGGAGAGCGUCCGUGCAUUUAUACAGCAGGAAAUGGACUCACUACCGCCACUCCCGGCAGACCGACUUGAUACUGUCUGACGCCGGGUGGCAUUGUAGCUUCUGUUUUAGACGUCUCGGCGAGUUUGUGUUCAAGAUGAAAGGGUAUAGCCAUGCGGAUAGAGUGAGGCGCAAGGAGUUUCUUGACUACUCCAGGAUACAGAAACAUAUUUGUAAAGGAUAUGAUCUCUUUGACAUGCUUCCUGAAGAAUACAGCUUCAGAGAUUUGAUUAGCAAAAUCGGACCGAUCCCACCUUCUGCAUCUGCUGUGCAUCUACCUGCGUUUUUGAUUCAGAAUGCCCCCCGCUUUCGGUUUCUCCUACCAGGAGGCUGUCUCAGAGAGCCUUUAAGCUAAGUGAGGAUAGGAGGAUCUUAGUACAAAAUAGAUAAGCAAUGGUUUCUGCUGAAAAAGAAAAUAGAUCGUUAUUACAUCAUGUUAAUGUGUUUCCAUUAAUGUUUAGUAUCAAACUUUUUCUGGGCACCACCACCAUCAUCAGUAUACCAAUUUAUUUCGAGCAAAA